AUGAAGAAUAACUUGGUGUUGGUGACACUAAGCGUCCUUGCGUCACUGUUUGUUUUUUACACCCUAGUUCUUCUGUCAUCAUGGAAGUUGAUUCCGCGUUUAAAUCCAUAUACGAAUAUCGGUCCGGCAAAAAGGCAAACGAUUUUGCAGGGAUUUGACAAAGAACCGCCACAACAACCAAAAACAGAAACAAAAAAAUUAUUCACCAAGCUUGAUAUCAAGAAAUCAACUAAACCAUCUGUUGAAACUAAGACACUCCACAAGAGGACUCCACGAUCUAAUCUCAUUAUAUUGAGCCCAGGCAGAGGAGGAUCUUCAUUCUUAGGAGGUGUAUUUGAUGCUAAUCCUGAUAUCAUGUAUUGGUUUGAGCCGCUACACACUUUAUCCCGCGGCAUAUAUGAACUCCAUUUGUACAAAGACAAAGAGAGAAAAAUUCAGUACAGCAAAACUGCUAUCAACCUAAUCAAUAGCUUUUUCAACUGCAGUUUCACUCAGAUCCCUAAAGACAUUAUGUCUGCAUUAUCUAAUAGCAUAUUUCGGAUGCGAAGUAAGUCACUGAGCAGUAGGCAUUUGUGUCCUACAAAAAACAAAACGAAAAAAUGUCUACCUUACUCAGUGAAACUACUUGGCAAUGUUUGUAACUCUUCCAGACAUACUGUUCUCAAGAUCUUGACGUCCCGUUUGCCGAAAAAUACACUUGAAAGUUUCCAAGGAAUUUUUCAGAAGCAGAAAUAUAAAAUCAAACUUACUCACUUAGUACGGGAUCCUAGAGCUGUGAUUUAUUCUAUGCUUAAUUCAGUGCAAUGGAUAAAUAUAUCGAGCUUGUUAAAUCAAAGUUUCCAUGACGUUAUUAAUGGAGUUUGUAACUCCAUUGAAAAAAACAUAAAACUCGGUUUGUUUUCUCCCCCGUCAUGGCUAAAAAAUCGCUUUCAAGUGGUACGUUACGAAGAUUUUGUUGUUAAUACAACAAAAAUUGCUAAGGAUCUCUAUAAAUUUGCAGGAUUUGAUUGGUCGGUUAGUGUUGAUAAAUGGAUUGAAAAACAUCAGAAAAAACCGCACAAAAAUAAUGAAAGGGAUCCUUAUUCACUUUAUAGAAACGCUUCACUUGUUAUGAACAAAUGGAAAAAAGCUCCACUGAGUUUAAUUACAGCAGUAGAACAAGUCUGUGGUAAUUUAAUGGACAUGCUUGGCUACGAAAGAAUGAUUAAAUCAGAAGAAAAAAACUCUAUUAAUCGAAGCUCACUUGUAAUAACCUGAAUAAAAAUAAAAUGACAUUUGGUUGUUUAUCAAAAUCGACUGGGCUGGUAUUUUAAAGUGUGGUUCUCACUCUCCUGUGACGUACAAACAACAAACUGAAAUGUGAAGGGAACCUUUACAAUGAUUCGGAUUCUCAACGGUCUUAGACAGCAGAAAGGUUCACGAUAAAGCUGUUGAUUUCCCUCAGAAUUUCAAUCAACCGACGUAUUUUUGUCCCUGAACCAUUUGAAAUAAGAAAAUUAGUCCUAAGAAAUGAAGAAACUCGGAGUCAGCGGUAAAACCUCAAUAUCAUGUGAAAUGAGGGCAGUAAAGAUCAUUCAGUUGGUAAGUUACAACCUCCUACGGCUUAACAGAGGGAAAUUUCCACUGUAAAUACAGUAAAUAAUAAAACAAAUAAGAACAGGACUUAAUCGUGAAAAAAUAACAGAAACUCCUUCCCUUGAUCACCCACAUGGUAAACUUGACGUCAUCCUUCCAAAUGCCGCUUGGUUUCCUAAAGGAUAUCGCGCUUUUAAAAUGGCGACUUGCAAUUAUUAUUUCUGGAGGCUUCCCGCGGGUGCACCGCUUAACAACUCCAGGUGUUUGAAUAAUCAAGAUCCUGAUGAAAAGAUCAUUAACUGAGCACAAAUAUAUCGUCCUCGACGCGUGCCACCCUCGGAGUAGCUGCAUCCAAUAUGAUGAUGAUGAUGAUGAUGCUCAUAAUGCAUCUAAUUUUCAUGGCCUUUAGCCGGCUCCAGAGUUACCCUACGACAUCACUGUGACCCUUUAAUCCCUAAGAGUGACCAGCAUAUAAUUUCUCUUCACAGUAUCCCCCCCGAAUCACACAUUAAAGCCACGAGAAUAAAGGAAAUGAUCAACAACCAAAGAAACUCUUGAUCGUUGAGCAGAUUCUCCUCGUCAGAAAUAAAAGAAUACAGUAUGGGGGUUAUGCAUAUUGAUGUUAGGGUGCUAAGGGUUAAAGGCGUAUUCUACUUUAAAUCAUAAAAAUAAUGUUGUUGAGUAACAAGAAAUAACCUAAUCAAAUGUGAUCCCUUUUCUCUCUGGAUACAUUCCUAUCUACAUAUAAAUAACAUCAAAAAAGGUAUUCCUUUGUAAGUAUUCCCGCCAAUAUGCAGCCAUUUCUUCUUUGACUUGUUGCUUCAAUAUAAUCUUACUCACAGAGCCGUUAAAUUAACAAAUGGAUUCCAAGUUGCCGUGCGUCUGUUCAGUAACAGAUCACAGAUGAAGUCAAAAUGUGGUAAGAACAAAAAAGUGGCACACGAGGCGCAGCCCAGUUUGUCACUGAUGUUCUUAACACAUUUUGACGUCCUCUGUGAUCUAUUACUGAACAGACGCACGGCAACUUGGAGUCUAUUUAUUUUAUAUAAUAAAGAAUUAAAAUAUACUGUAAAAAGUUUUAAUGAUGACGUCAUCUAUACGUCUGUCCUUCAAUAGAUCAUAGGUGAGAACCAAUCAGAAUGCGUGCAUAACUGAGCUUAUUAUAUAAACAAGUAUGGAACAAGGCAGUGAUUUCUCCCGUCCCGUCAGAAACCGUGGAAGGCAUGCAAUAACUAAUUUAUUGCAGUGUUAGUUUCAUGUUUAAAAAUCCCGAAAAUGGGUUAACAGUUGCCCAUCUCUGAAAAUUCUGCAGACGUGAAACGAGCAUCGAGCAUAUUCUCAGGUUUUCAUUGCCGCUAAUUUUUUGUCGUUUUUUUCCUGAUGCAAAAACUUGUCAGGGAGAAAGAGUGUGAAUGGUGGAGCGUGAGGCCGGCGGAUGAGUCACAGAGAGAGAGAGAGAGAGAGAGAGAGAGAGAGAGAGAGAGAGAGAGAGAGAGAGAGAGAGAGAGAGAGAGAGAGAAGGGGAAACAAAAUAUUACCAGUCACCUUCAAGGACAGAUGUUAUUAUGUUUCAGCAUAAUAUUUCAGCUAGUCAUCCCCUUCAUCUAAUCCAAUAUCUUCCCAACAUUUGUAUGAAACAAGAUUCUGAAAAUGUGAGGAACUUAAAUUUUCAGCUAUUACUUGAUCACCCUUGAUUAGCAGAGAGAAUCGCGCGGCUCAGCCUGUUGGGGGAGGGGAAACGUGGUGUAAGGGUGGGGUAGGGUUAGGCUGUCUAUCUCUGUAUGCCAACUCGUUAACUGAUAUCAAUUUGUUCUCCGUGAACGAGUGCUGAAUGAUUCUAGCAGCCAGAGAAGAUCCGAGUAUUAUACUGGAGAAACUAUGGAAAGAAAGAGCCGCUAGUUUGCCAUUACAGCCCCGUCCUCCUCCUUAAAAUAUGGAUUAAUUCUUGUGAUCUUCCACUGGCCAAAAACAUACUCAUUCUUGGAACUCAUAAUAUCUUACAGAGAUUAAGCAGCGGACCAGCCAGGGGUUGACCAGCGGUUUUCAGAAUUUGAGGUAAUGCCUCGUCAGGCCCUGUCGCUUGUUUUUUUUUAACUGGAGAGUUUUUUGCAAUGUCCGAUGGUGAACUUAUUAUGUUAUUGAUGCAAGGAACAGGGAGGAUAUACCGUAAUGUUCAUAAACUUGUUAUUAUUCAUUAGGUGAUCAUGCAACCAAGACACGCCAAUUUCGUCACGUGUUUGAAACCCGGUGAAACACUGGAAUGACGCGCUAACCAUGAGUUUCAUAUAAUAUCAAACCCUGGAGUUUGAUAAAGCGUCAAACUCUGGUGAACUCAUUUCUUAAUUUGAACAGUAAUACAUAUUUGAAUACUUAAAACAAAGACACCGUGACAUGAAAAAACAACCUUUAUUAACACCCUCUAAUAAGAAGUAACAAGACAUUUUCCAAGGAAAGUAUCAUAACGGUUGUUUACUUGUUUACGUUAAUAUUUAUUUUACAGUUCUUAAAGUAGGCAGAGGGCCAGAAACUGAUCACAAGAACUCUUCGAGACACCAAAGGACAACUCACCAUAAUGAUACAAUUUUUCGUAACAACAAACUUGCCGACAACAUGUGAAACAUUUGUGAAUAUUUUCAUUUUCUUUUAUUCCUAAGGCGCGAUUGAGAAGCUAUUUUAAAAACUCGUGCAUUGGGUUUCCUCAGGGUUUCCAAACACUCGAAAACAAUAAAAGCAAUCGGCCUGCCGCCUCGGGCUUCCAUCAGAUGAAACCCUCGCACUCGUUUCUGGAAUAGUACAUAAAAGUUUUGACCCAAAAAUUUCAUGGAAAAAGCAGUUAUCCGACUAGAUCAAAUUGAAGAUUUAUCAUAAAAAAGGUAAGUCAAGAGUUUUCAAAUUUGGGCAAAUAGUAACGUAAGUUAGGGCUGUUGCUACUUCUCUAUCUGAAUGUUUCAACGAAGCAUCUUUGAACUUAAAUGAGCUACAUGUGUUUUUGACAGCAUUCUUCAAUAACAGUAACUUUGCCAACAAAAAGAGGAAAAAGAAAAAGGGAAAAAGCCAAUAAGUGUUACAUAACAAUGCCGUGGCUACAUGUACUGCAGCCGGGCAAUUUUUAUAGAAAUUAACGAGAAAAAGUGUCGAGAGAGAGUAUCAGAUAUUUGCUUGGUAAAGUUAGGCGAUUCCAAACACUGUUGGUGUUCAAGUAAAUGAAAUAUCGAACUUUAGUAAGAAAACCGCUGUGUGCUUGGCACUUGGCUCAUCCAUAGUCAGAAAUAUUGACCGCAUUCCCGCCGAAAACCUCGGCAUGCAAACCAAAUGGAAUUAUUCUAUGGUUUUUCAGCAAUACCAAGCAAUUCUGUAAAUUACUUUUAUUUAAAUUGGAAUAACAUUUGCUAGGCACAGUCUUAAUAGACUAAAUCCGCGAUACUCGGAAAUGUUCACCAAAUUCCAAAGAACUUAAUGCAAACCUGAUAAGGCCAUUCAAUAUUUAUUUAGAAAUACCAAGCGAUUAAAGAGGACUAGUUUUCUGUGCUUUUGUCGAGAACAUAGUAGUUCAUGGUAUGCCAAGUUCGGAUAUUUUCGGAAUCGCCAGUCAUUUCUACUCAAACACCUGACACCCUCAAGAAAUUUUAAAUUAUUUCAGUUUUCAGUGGAAAUUCUCUGAAAAUUACCCGGCUGCCGCGCAUAAAGCUACGGCGAAAUUUCAUGUGCUAAUUAAUUCCUAAUAUAUCAUUAAAGACGUAUCAAAGUAGACAAAGUACCUUGUAAAUCAAUAGCUGUCGAUAGCUGAUUCACGUUGCUGAGAGGUUAGGUGUAAACACUAUGGAUUAGGCAUCAGCGCUUAGUAUCAACACUCGUGGCGUGAAGUAAUACCAUCGUCAAGAUUGAAUAGAUUCUUGUAAAUAUUGAUAUCCCAAGAUUCUAGAAGGCACCUGUUACUCCAAAUAGCACUUGUAAAAAACCGCCAAAGGCUGCAUUUGCUGAACUUUCUUCAUACUUUGUCCCUUCCUUCUUCAAGCAAUCUCACAACAUCUUACGAAGGAGUGCCGUUGAAUUAGUAAGCUCAAUUUUGCAUUUUCCUCAUAUAUAUUGAACGUGUGGUAAAUAAUCCUAUCAUUUCCCCUUGACGAAGGUCCAAAGUUUGGCCAAAACAUGGGAUUUUUUUGUAAGUUCAUGUACAUUUUAACCUAAAGUUUAUUAUUUUUCUUAUCUUUGUAAAUCCACCUGGAUACUUUUCAAGCACAAAUGGCUUUAAUAAUGCUCUAUUCCUUUGCAAGGAAUACAAGAGGAAUUACAGGAAACAGCCACAGGUCUACUUUAAAAAGAUGGAGAGGCUACCAACGACUUUGGCAGGUUUACCUACCGUAGAUGUAUCUAAGCUCCUUUAUAGGAGCUGUUAAACUGUUUUAACUUUAUUAGCUCGUGUAGCAGGUUAUGCUGAAUGAGUUACGUGAUUCUCUCUUGAAAUACUGUUCUAUUCAUAGUUGUUUCAAAGAGUGACAUCAUAUCACAUCAAAACAAACUUGUAUAAUAAUUCCGAUGCUUUCAUGAAUUCUUAUUCAAAUAUUAGUUGGCUGAAGUGUUUUCUAACUACACCUUUUGUCUUCCAUGCGUCAUUUUACAUCCAAAGGAAAACGUUAAAGUUAAGUGAUCACAGACGACAACUAAAUAACCUGACAAACUUCGUUGUUUUAGACUCACAGCUUGUCUGAUAUCAUGUCAUUGUCGUUAAGUAUUAGCAUCAUUUGACAAGGCUACUUAUCUGAUACAAAGUAUAUUGAUGCAUUCGUUGUAGUUUGUCAGAGCACAACUAUAAAGCAGUGGCCUUCAUCAAGUUCCAGCACGUGGGAACAGUUUAGUAUUUAUUUAUAUCUGCUGAUCAUUCUUUACAACCAUUGCUGUCUUUUAGGGUAGGUUUGUUUCUUCAUUUGUUCUGCACCUGUUUCUACUCCUGACUUUUCUGAUUCCGUAGUUGUUUCUAGAUUCUUGUGUUUUGCGCAAACACCGACUGCAGGAAAAAUAUCUGACUUGAACUACUAACACAUAGCUGGCUGGGCUUCACGAUUUACAAAUACUGUGUUGGCGUUUCGAUAACCCCUUUCUAUCAAUUAACUGAAUGGGACAUUAUGUUUUGAUGAAAAGUCUCGCAUCCAAAGAGAACAUGGUUUUUUAACUAAUAAACCGAAUAUUCUACGCUGCAGCAGUCCAAAGUCAUCCAUAUUACUUCAAUACCACGAGAGCCAUCUGUACCUAACUCCACGUUUAAUGCAAAAAUUUUAAUUCAUUCUGAUUGACAGAUGGAAAUAAGUCGUGCAGGUAAAAAACGCAUCUAACCCUGCGCCCCCUGAGAGAAAAAUGGGAAUGGAUUCUAUGGAGUCCGGAUAUUGAUAAAUAUCGUAAUAGUAGUUAGCAGAUGCACUAAGUGUUUGGUUAGGUCCUAAGUUCAUCGACAAAGUGGCAAGAUUUCUACAAAAAUUGAAAACAGGAUUAAAAAAAAAACGAUAUUCUUAUAUUAUCUUUAUGUUUUUAGGUAAUCAUCACCACACGUGACAAUAUAACAAAUUGUGGAGACGGUUGACGCCUGAGUUCGAAAUGAAGAAGACCGUGGUAUUAGUCACAUUUGGUGUACUUGUGACCCUGUUUGUUUUGAACACCCUGAUUCUUCUCUCAUCAUGGAAUUUGACUCCGCGUAUUAAAUCACAUAAACCCUCCAGUCAGAUGGAACUUCCACUGAGUUUGCAAGGUUUUAAACAAGAACAACACCCAAAAACAGAAACAAAGAAAUUAUUCACCACGCUUGGUAUUAAGAAAUCAACUGAACCAUCUGUUAAAAUCAACACAUUUAACAAGAGGACUCCGCGAUCUAAUCUCAUUAUAUUGAGCCCAGGCAGAGGAGGAUCUUCAUUCUUAGGAGGAGUAUUUGAUGCUAAUCCUGAUAUCAUGUAUUGGUUUGAGCCGCUACACACUUUAUCCCGCGGCAUAUAUGAACUCCAUUUGUACAAAGACAAAGAGAGAAAAAUUCAGUACAGCAAAACUGCUAUCAACCUAAUCAAUAGCUUUUUCAACUGCAGUUUCACUCAGAUCCCUAAAGACAUUAUGUCUGCAUUAUCUAAUAGCAUAUUUCGGAUGCGAAGUGCAUCACUGAGCAGUAGGCAUUUGUGCCCAACAAAAAACAAAAGGAAAAAGUGUCUGCCUUACUCAGCGGAAUUACUUAACAAAGUUUGUCACUCCUCCAAACAUACUGUACUCAAGAUCUUGAUUCAUCGUUUACCAAACAACACUCUGGAAAGUUUUCAGGAAAUUUUCCAGCAACAGAGAUAUAAUUCAAAACUGAUUCACCUAGUUCGUGAUCCAAGAGCUGUGGCAUAUUCCAUGGUCAACUCAGUCCAAUGGUUAAAUGUGACCAGUGAAUCACUUCAAAGAUUUCGCGACACUCUUCAGAGAAUUUGUACCUACAUUGAAAGAAACAUUAAAUUUGGCAUGUUUUCUUCUCCUUCAUGGCUAAAAAAUCGCUUUCGAGUGAUACGCUUCGAAGAUUUUGUUAUUAAUACAACAAAAAUAGCAAAGGAUCUCUACAAAUUUACAGGGUUUGAUUGGUCUGUAAAUGUUGAUAAAUGGAUUGAAAAACAUCAGAAAAAACCGCACAAAAAUAAUGAAAAGGAUCCUUAUUCACUUUAUAGAGACGCUUCGCUGGUUAUAAACAAGUGGAAGAAAGCUCCACUGAGCUUAAUUACAGCAGUAGAGCAAGUUUGUGGUAAUUUGAUGGACAUGCUUGGCUACGAAAGAAUGAUUAAAUCAGAAGAAUUGGAAAAUGAGAAUCGUAACUCAUUUGUGAGAACCUGA